UCCCCGACACUAUUCGCUGCCAGAGGGGAAUUUGUGUGCGAAAAUGGCGACGUCCCGUCGCACUUCCCAGCAGCAGCAACAGCAAAAUGUAUCCUCCCCGCCAAGAACAGGCUCCAGUCCCCUCACCCCUCCAGAAUCACCCCCCGAUACCGGUGGAUCCGCUGCUGGUGGGGAGUCGGAGAGCGUCGGGGACCCGGAGAUUACUCCUGAAAUCCCCGCUCCGCUACUCAGCAGCAGCAGCAGCACCACCAGCUCCAGCAGCACUAGCUCAUCUUCCACCGACGGGGGCAGUAGUGUGGGCUCCACUCCCGACUCCGGUAGUGCCAGUCCUGGAGGCAGCGGCUGCGGGACGAGUGGGGCUUUCAGGGAGCUGUUCGAGGCCUGCAGGAAUGGGGACGUGUCUCGGGUGAAGAGGCUGGUGGAUUCGGUCAAUGUAAACGCGAAGGACAUGGCCGGGCGCAAGUCCACCCCGCUUCACUUCGCCGCUGGUUUUGGAAGGAAAGAUGUUGUCGAGCAUCUCCUGCAGACGGGGGCAAAUGUGCAUGCGCGAGACGAUGGAGGGUUGAUACCUCUGCACAACGCAUGUUCGUUUGGCCAUGCUGAGGUGGUCAGCUUGCUGCUGUGUCAGGGGGGCGAUCCCAACGCCAGAGACAACUGGAAUUACACUCCGCUUCAUGAAGCUGCCAUCAAGGGUAAAAUCGAUGUAUGCAUUGUGCUGCUCCAGCACGGCGCCGAUCCCAACAUCCGCAACACUGACGGCAAGUCUGCCCUGGACCUCGCUGACCCAUCCGCUAAAGCUGUUCUUACCGGCGAAUACAAGAAGGACGAACUCCUGGAAGCUGCGAGGAGCGGAAAUGAAGAGAAGCUCAUGGCACUGCUCACGCCAUUAAACGUCAACUGCCAUGCCAGCGACGGUCGUAAGUUGACAUCUCAAAAAAUGCUGUCCACUCCAUUACAUCUGGCAGCUGGAUACAACAGAGUCCGAAUAGUUCAGCUGCUUCUCCAACAUGGAGCUGAUGUUCACGCUAAAGAUAAAGGUGGUCUUGUUCCUCUACACAAUGCCUGCUCAUAUGGACACUAUGAGGUUACAGAACUGCUGCUAAAGCAUGGGGCAUGCGUCAAUGCCAUGGACCUCUGGCAGUUCACCCCUUUGCACGAGGCCGCCUCCAAGAAUCGCGUGGAAGUGUGUUCCUUACUUCUGAGUCACGGAGCCGACCCCACUCUGGUCAACUGCCAUGGAAAGAGCGCAGUGGAUAUGGCCCCGACCCCAGAACUCAAAGAGAGGCUUACCUAUGAGUUUAAGGGCCACUCUCUGCUCCAGGCGGCACGGGAGGCAGACAUGACAAAAGUGAAGAAAAGUCUGGCUCUGGAGAUCAUCAACUUCAAGCACCCACAGACACAGGAGACAGCACUGCACUGUGCGGUUGCCUCGCCUCAUCCGAAAAGAAAACAUGUCACUGAACUGUUGCUACGGAAAGGAGCCAAUGUCAAUGAAAAGAACAAAGACUUCAUGACACCUCUCCAUGUGGCGGCAGAGCGGGCACACAACGACAUCACGGAGGUGUUGCAGAAACACGGGGCGAAGAUGAAUGCUGUUGAUACUCUGGGUCAGACGGCAUUGCACAGGGCAGCUCUGGCUGGACACUUGCAGACGUGCAGACUUCUGUUGAGUUAUGGAGCCGAUCCCGCCAUCGUCUCCCUACAGGGCUUCACAGCUGCACAGAUGGGCAAUGAAGCCGUACAGCAAAUACUGACCGAAAACAUUCCAGUGAGGAACUCAGACGUGGACUACAGACUCUUAGAAGCAGCAAAAGCAGGAGACUUAGACACUGUGAAGCAGCUCUGCUCCCCUCAGAAUGUGAACUGUCGAGACCUAGAGGGCCGGCACUCCACGCCACUCCACUUUGCCGCUGGCUAUAAUCGCGUGGCCGUGGUCGAGUACCUGUUACACCACGGCGCUGACGUCCACGCCAAAGACAAAGGAGGUUUGGUGCCGUUGCAUAAUGCCUGCUCGUACGGCCAUUAUGAGGUGGCAGAGCUGCUGGUCAGGCACGGAGCUUCGGUCAACGUGGCCGACCUGUGGAAGUUCACUCCACUGCACGAGGCAGCGGCCAAGGGCAAAUACGAGAUCUGCAAACUGCUACUGAAGCAUGGAGCAGACCCCACCAAGAAAAAUCGGGAUGGAAACACUCCAUUGGACAUGGUGAAGGAGGGAGACACAGAUAUCCAGGACUUGCUGAGAGGAGAUGCGGCGCUUUUGGACGCCGCCAAAAAAGGCUGCCUGGCCCGGGUCCAAAAACUGUGCAGCUUGGAAAACAUCAACUGCAGAGACACACAGGGACGCAACUCUACUCCCCUGCACCUGGCAGCUGGCUAUAACAAUCUGGAGGUAGCAGAGUACUUACUUGAACAUGGGGCAGAUGUCAAUGCACAGGACAAAGGUGGCCUUAUUCCCCUCCACAACGCAGCCUCGUACGGGCAUGUGGAUAUUGCAGCCCUGCUGAUCAAGUAUAACACCUGUGUAAAUGCCACUGAUAAAUGGGCCUUUACCCCUCUCCAUGAGGCUGCACAGAAGGGGCGCACCCAGCUCUGUGCUCUGCUGCUGGCCCACGGGGCCGACCCCACCAUGAAGAAUCAGGAGGGUCAGACGCCACUGGACUUGGCAACGGCUGAUGAUAUCCGGGCACUGCUGAUUGAUGCCAUGCCCCCUGAAGCCCUUCCUAGUUGUUUUAAGCCACAGGCUACAGUGGUCAGUGCCUCUGUCAUAUCUCCAGCAUCCACACCCUCCUGCCUGUCUGCUGCUAGCAGCAUAGACAAUCUGGCCGGACCCAUAGCAGAAUUGGCUGUGUCUGGGGCCUCGGGCCCUGCUGAUGGGGCCACUGGAUCAGAGAGGAAGGAGGGAGAAAUUGCAAUUCUGGACAUGAACAUCAGUCAGUUCCUGAAGAGUUUGGGUUUGGAGCAUUUGCGGGAAAUUUUUGAGAGAGAGCAGGGUGAUGGAGAGUCAACAGUAAUGCUGAGUGUGGAGGCGAGGGCGUGGUCGAGUGUUCGUCUGGGGAGAGAGGAAGCGAUUACCUUGGAUGUGCUGGCUGAUAUGGGACACGAGGAGCUCAAGGAGAUUGGGAUCAACGCGUACGGGCACAGACACAAACUUAUCAAAGGCAUUGAGAGACUGCUGGGCGGUCAACAAGGUGCCAACCCAUAUCUGACAUUCCACUGUGCGAGUCAGGGCACGGUGCUGAUCGACCUAGCCCCUGAUGAUAAGGAGUUUCAGUCAGUAGAGGAGGAGCUGCAAAGCACGAUCAGAGAGCACAGGGAUGGUGGUAAUGCAGGGGGAGUUUUCAGCAGGUACAACAUCCUAAAGAUUCAGAAGGUGGUGAACAAGAAGCUAAGAGAAAGAUAUGCACACCGCCAGAAGGAGAUCGUUGACGAGAACCACAAUCAUCACAACGAGCGCAUGCUCUUUCAUGGGUCGCCAUUCAUCAAUGCCAUUAUCCAUAAAGGGUUUGAUGAGAGACAUGCUUACAUAGGGGGCAUGUUUGGGGCCGGGAUCUACUUCGCAGAGAACUCCUCUAAAAGCAACCAGUAUGUCUAUGGCAUCGGAGGUGGAACGGGCUGCCCCACACAUAAAGACCGGUCCUGUUAUAUUUGUCAUAGGCAGAUGCUGUUCUGUAGGGUCACACUUGGUAAAUCCUUCUUGCAAUUCAGUGCCAUGAAAAUGGCUCAUGCUCCUCCAGGGCACCAUUCAGUCAUCGGUCGGCCCAGCGUCAAUGGGUUAGCCUAUGCCGAAUAUGUCAUCUAUCGAGGGGAACAGGCCUUCCCAGAGUACCUUAUCACAUAUCAGAUCAUCAAGCCAGAGAGCACACCUCCAUCCCCGACAGCAGCAGAGCAGAAAUCCUAGUCCACACGGGACCGAGAUAAGCAGGCUGUGGCCCUGUGAAACACUCAGACUGUUAACCAAACAUUUAAUUCACGCUCUCACGCAUACUUCAGACUUCCACAGACACCUCCUCACGUCCUCUGCCUGAUCAGUACAAUUGGAAUUCGUUCAUUUACCCAUAAACCUCUGUACCGCCUCUUUUAUUUUGCAGAUAUUCGCCAUUUCUGUCCCCGCGAGUGAUUACAUGAAAGAGUUGCCUUGGCUGGCCGCGUCCUGGCCAGUGUGUGUGUACCCCUUUUUUUUAGUCAGGGGUCAGGAUUUAGGUCAUACACUGUUUCAGGGCAAAAAGGAAGGUCUUUAAAGUGUGAAACAACUCUCUGUAAAAUUACUGCCCUGUGAAAGACAACAAGUGACCUCUUCCCUAUCAUUAUACUCAAUGUAACAAUGUAAUGUUUUAAUUCGAGCAUUACACUUAAUUAAGCUUCUCUUUAUUUGAAACCAUUUUAUUAUGACUGUGAUUUAUAUAUUUCUUUUAAUUUCCUCAAUAUAAUUCACACUAAGAAAAUGGACCGCGUCCCCGUUACACUUUAAAGGGACCUGAUAUUUCAGUGAUCCCCUCUUCCUUGAAGUUCGUUAAGUGAAGACUCUGAAACUGUCAUUGUGUUGUGGUUUUAUUUUGUCGUCUUCAUGCAUUGUUAUAAAAAAGCCUUAGAGGGUAUGGAAAAGUAAGAAGAAUGCUGAUUUGGGUGGAGACCAAAACUAUUCAAAAGGCCUUUGGCAGCAAAAUAUAUAUUUUUAUUUUACACUUUGUACUAAUUUUUUCCAUUUCUUUGCACAGGAAUUCUGCACAGAAUGAUCUAUUCCAUUGCCAUAGCCCAAUCCGAAAACAUCUUUUUAAGAAUUUGCACUUUUAAGCAGGACUUAAGUUAUUCUGAAUAAUUUUAAAAGGACGGGGAAAAAAAGUUCACUAAUGUACAGAUUGUGUAAUGGACAAUGCCUUUGUAUAGCUUACAAUGUUUAUUGAUACAGAGUGGGUUUUAUUUGUACUGUAAUGGAAGUGGGAAUUCUUUCUUUCAGAUCUUUCCUUCUAUAUUUUAGGAUGAUCUUUGAUUAAGUGACUUCACUUUGAAAGUCACUCCUUUGGUUUCAUUUUUGUUUUAGAUUAUGACCACAGAAAGUCCUAAAUCUCAUUUAUUCCAGUGCUGUUUCUCUGGUGCAAGAGAAACACCUCUUUUCUGAGGAUCUCAGUAACUACUGAUGUAUCAGCAGCUCGGAUGGCACACUCGCACAUUCAUGUUACAGAAUGAAAUGAAGGACAUGUUCUUGUAUCUGGACAUGGCUCUACCUCUUGAAGUCUGUUUGCAAGGAGUUCACUACACUCCUGUUUGGUUGUUUUGCUCAGGUGUAGUUUGUGGUUUUGUGUAUAUGUAAUGGAGGUGAUCUGCCUUACUCCAGGGAAGAGAGAAAGAGAGGUCCGACUUGUUUUUUCCCCCUCUUAAAGCCAAUAUGUGGGAAAGCAACGUUCCUCUCCAAACUAAAAUCUCAAUUCUAUGAGCUGUAAUUUUACUUUAUUUCCAUUUUCCUGUGAACUUAAUUCAGAUCUAGAAACGGCUUAUUUACCACAAGCAGUCUGCGAACUAAUCAAACACUCGAUCAUGUAAAACUGUCUUAAUAAAGUACAUGUCAUAAAUACCA